AUGAGUUGUCAGAUCUCAUGUAAAUCUCGAAGAGGAGGAGGAGGAGGAGGAGGAUUCCGGAGCUUCAGCAGUGGCUCAGCCGUGGUCUCCGGUGGGAGCAGGAGAUCAACCCGUAGCUUCUCCUGCUUGAGCCGCCACGGCGGUGGCGGAGGGGGCGCCGGCGGUGGCGGCUUUGGCAGUCGGAGUCUUGUUGGCCUCGGAGGCACCAAGAGCAUCUCCAUUAGUGUGGCUGGAGGAGGCGGAAGCUUUGGCUCCGGUGGUGGAUUUGGUGGCAGAGGAGGUGGCUUUGGAGGUGGCAGCGGCUUCGGAGGAGGCAGCGGCUUCGGUGGAGGUGGCUUUGGAGGCGGUGGUUUUGGAGGAGGCAGCGGCUUUGGAGGCGGUGGUUUCGGUGGAGGCGGCUUUGGCGGAGGCCGCUUUGGAGGUGGUGGUGGUCUUGGAGGUUUUGGGGGUCCUGGUGGCUUUGGGCCCGGAGGAUUCCCUGGUGGAGGCAUCCAUGAAGUCUCCAUCAAUGAGAGUCUCCUGCAGCCUCUCAACGUGAAAGUUGACCCAGAGAUCCAGAACGUGAAGUCUCAGGAGCGGGAGCAGAUCAAAACGCUCAACAACAAAUUUGCUUCUUUCAUUGACAAGGUGCGGUUCCUGGAGCAGCAGAACCAGGUGCUGCAGACCAAGUGGGAGCUGCUGCAGCAGCUAGAUGUGAGCACCCGCACUACCAACCUGGAGCCCAUCUUUCAAGCGUACAUCGCCAAGCUGAAGAAAUACGUGGACACGCUUUCUGCGGAACGAACAUCGCAAGGUUCAGAGCUGAACAACAUGCAGGAUCUUGUCGAAGAUUUUAAGAAGAAGUAUGAGGAUGAAAUCAACAAGCGCACAGCUGCUGAGAAUGAUUUUGUGACACUUAAAAAGGACGUGGACAAUACCUACAUGACCAAGGUGGAGCUGCAGGCCAAGACGGAUGUGCUGACCCAGGAGCUUGAGUUCAUUAAAUUCCUUUUUGAUGCGGAACUGUCCCAGAUGCAGACUCAGAUCAGCGAAACCAAUGUCACCCUGUCCAUGGACAACAACCGCAGCCUGGACCUGGACAGCAUCAUCUCUGAGGUCAAAGCCCAGUAUGAGGAGAUCGCCCAGAAGAGCAAGGCUGAGGCCGAAGCUCUCUACCACAGCAAGUAUGAAGAGCUCCAGGUGACUGCAGGGAAACACGGAGACAGCCUGAAGGAGGUCAAGAUGGAGAUCAGCGAGCUGAACCGCAUGAUCCAGAGGCUGCAAGGGGAGAUAGCCCACGUGAAGAAGCAGUGUAAGAGUGUGCAAGAAGCCAUUGCAGAAGCUGAGCAGAAGGGAGAGCACGCAGUCAAAGAUGCUCAGGGCAAGCUCUCGGACCUGGAGGAGGCUCUGCAACAGGCCAGGGAGGACCUGGCCCGGCUGCUGCGUGACUACCAGGAGCUCAUGAACGUCAAGCUGGCCCUGGACGUGGAGAUCGCCACCUACCGCAAGCUGCUGGAGGGCGAGGAGUGCAGGAUGUCUGGAGACCUCAGCAGCAACGUGACUGUCUCUGUGACCAGCAGCUCCAUGUCCUCAAGCAUGACAUCCAGGGGCGGCUUUGGAGGCUAUGGUUCUGGAGGUAGAGGAUCCAGUUCUGGAGGAGGAGGAUUCAGCUCUGGAAGUGGCAGUUACAGCUCUGGAGGCAGAGGAUCGAGCUCCAGAGGUGGCGGUGGAGGAGGCUACGGCUCUGGCGGUGGCAGUGGAGGAAAAUAUAGCUCGGGAGGUGGCUCUAGAGGAGGUUCUGGCUCUGGGGGAGGAUAUGGCUCCAGCUCUGGAGGAGGCUAUGGCUCUGGAGGUGGCUCUAGAGGAGGUUUCAGCUCCCAAAAGGGUGGUUCUGGCUCAGGCUCCAGUGUGACCUUCUCUUUUAGAUAA